AUGUCGGAAGAGUGCAAUGAACUCGGAAGUUCAACAACAACUGCUGUUGGAAAUGCUUUGCCGGAAACCUCAAAUGGGUUUUUGGAGAAGGAACUGCCAUCCGAAGGUUGUUCUCCGGCACCAUCAAAUUGUUCAUUCAUCAGUGAACAGGAAGUUCAUGAAGGAAACUUCAUUCAUAGGCAGUCACCAUUUCUCAAUCUGAGCCAGGCAUCGCCGAGCGCUUUUUCUUCCUUUCAUCGGCCUGAUUUUUUGAAUAACUCUAUUGCCGAUUCUGAAACUUCUUCCCGAUCUUCAUUAGAUGGAUCAUUUCUUUCGAAAGAGUCUUCAUCUGAGGGAAUGGAAAAAUUUCGUGCUCAACGGUCUACCCGAAAACUCUCGUCAUCAUCGAGCGAUUCCGACGGAAGUGAGCUAACAGUGGGAGGUGGAUCGAUAGAUGGAGAUGAACCUGUUGUGAGAAAAAUCAGCAAGAAUAAAAUGGCGGAGUCAAACUUGCCUGUUGCACGGAGACUGGAUGCUCCUAGAGGACGAAUUGCCAACAUACGCCGUGAAAGUGAUUGUUCAUUGAACAAUGAGGUGGAACAUGAACGUCUUGUAAAAACGUCGCAACAGGUUUCAUGCGGUUUCGACGACAUAACUUUGGAAUCGUCCUCAGCAUCGGAAAUGCGGCGGAGAGCGCCAUCUGCUUCUUCUGUGGGAGAGCCAAUAUCGAUUGUUACCAACGUUUUCCUGCCUCAUAGCUGUUCUCCAAGCCCGACAAGGGUUUCGGAAAUACACAAGCAAUGCUACUCCCCUUCAACUCAUCAAAUGGUUCGUCCAAACAUGCCGUAUUCUGCUACCCCUAGUCCGACCCAAAGCCCUACGCGGCAGAGAUUACUUAGGAGUAUCUCUCCAAUAACGACGAAAAGUGCUCUGAAGCGGCGAUAUACAGCAGGCGUUGAUGAGGUAGAGGCAAAACGAAGUUGUGGCAGUAGCGGUGUACCGGCUGUUUUUGUGCGUAAUUCUACUUCACCACUCGUCACUGACCGCAGCUUUCCAUACACAUCAACCGUGCCGCAAGAGUUUGUCCAGCCAAGCAGCAUUAGCAUUAAUUGGGCAUCAUCAUCGUCAACUGGAGCUCGACGGCUCUCUUCAAUGGAAAGCCUGACGGAGCGUCGAAGUAGCGAUGACUCAGCGAUGGAAGAGCGGAAAAAUGCUGUUGAAAUUGCGCCGUGCAACGCGCAGGCUGAGGGCUUACCGUCUGAAGGCGAUGUUCAACAAAGUGACGACACUGGUAAAGAAACUGCUAGCUCAGAGAGUUGUGCCAUGUGCACUGAUGUAUGCACAUGUGUAAGAAAGUCGUCGAAUGAUGAGGAGCCGCAACCAGAACGAAGGAUUGUCUGUCCGUACGAGCCUUUUCUUCGUUCUGAUUGA